UUUUUGAUUGUACACAAUAAAAUGCUUAGUACGCGUUUUGGAAAGAGUCACAAACGACAACAACAAAUGAAAACCUUUGGUUUUUAAAGGGUUGUCAGCGUGCAUUCUUGUUGGGGACGAUAAGUGCAAAUCAUAUUAACAGCAGCGGUGUGAGGAUGGGUGUAUGUGUAGGGAAAAGAUUUAAGAGAUAGUUUUUUUCGAAUGAGCCGAAAAGAAUUUUGGGCGAGUUUUCUUCAUGAGAUGCAUAAAGUUAGAAAGGAUCUUUUUUGUGAAAAAGUUCGGUGUUGAAUUGUACCGGUAGUAUUAAAAUAACUUUGUGUUUUAGAUGAUACUGGUGUAAAUUUACUAAUUAUGAGUGACCGUAGCAGGAAUUUAUUUACGUACGAGACACUUGUCCAUGCUAUGGCAGGUGCAGCUGGCAGCGUUGUUGCGAUGGGGACAUUUUAUCCAUUGGACACAGUGAGAGCUAGGUUACAGUUGGAGGACACACGAGAAGCAAAGAAUACACUUUCAGUAUUGCGUGAAUUGGUAGCAGAAGAAGGCUUCUGUACGUUGUAUCGUGGCAUGGUUCCUGUCUUGGAGAGCCUGUGUGCCUCAAAUUUUGUGUAUUUUUACACAUUCCAUGGCCUUAAGGGAACAAAAGUUCAUCCUGUACAGCACAGUGCAGUGAGAGACUUGCUUCUUGGAUCCGUAGCUGGUGUUGUUAAUGUUCUUCUGACAACUCCAUUAUGGGUUGUUAACACACGACUGAAAAUGAAAGGUGUACAGCCAAAGAAGUCACAUGAAAGUAACGGUGUUGAAUACACUGGCCUCAUUGAUGGCCUCAUGAGAGUAGCUCGCAAUGAAGGUGUGGGGUCGUUAUGGAGUGGUACUCUGCCUUCAUUAUUACUUGUUGUGAACCCUGCUCUUCAAUUUAUGGUGUACGAGUCAUUGAAAAGGCACAUGAGAGCUGUGUAUGGACCAACAGAAACAAGUGGUUGGGUCUAUUUUCUUAUGGGAGCAGUGGCAAAAGCUGUUGCUACAAUAUUGACUUACCCACUUCAGAUUGUGCAGACAAAACUUAGGCAUGGGCACAAUUUCAAAGAUUUGACUUCUGAUGCUGGGAUGAUUGAAAUGACUUUAUACUUACUCAGGAAACAUGGGGUUGGUGGACUCUUCAAGGGAAUGGAAUCUAAACUGCUUCAGACUGUUUUAACUGCUGCACUUAUGUUUGCAACAUAUGAGAAGAUUGCAGCAUUUGUCUUCAAGUUGAUGUUAAGUCAUCAACAAACAGUAAUUAAGAGAAAUCAUUAGGAAAAUGGUUUAUAAAGAGUAGAAUUCGGUGUAGAUACUAGUCUGUCUUACCUAAGAAUACCAAAGGCCAGUAAUCUUUAGAAUGAAUAACACUCGAAGAGUAGGCAUUUCACGUAAGACAUCCUCUUGUAUACAUGACAGUGCUAAGCAGUCUUUAUUUCUUUUGGUGGUGUAUGAGUGUAGUGAUCAGAAAAGUAUAUGUGACACUUGCCAAUGAAAUUGUAAUGAUGUAUAUUUCUUAUAGACAAUAUUGUGAUCAUUGAAAGUUACAGUAUUUCCUUGUCGUUGGCGCUCUUACUGUUUGUGUCAUGCUGUGUUUUUGUCUGUCUUUUCACUGCACACUCUUACUGUAUGUCAUACAAUACUCUUGCCUAUCUGUUCACUGGAGGAUUUUUUAUUGGUUUUAUUAAUUUUGUAUAUGAAUUUCCUUUUUACCUCUGUCAUUAAGAGAUAUCAAAGAAAGUAGAACAUCCUCUUCUGUCAAAAAUUAAGUAUUAUUCUCAAAAGUAGAACCCAGUAGCAUAGACAUGAGAUCAUUUUCAAGAAGUGCGUUACAAAAAAUAAGAAAAUGUCAGAGAUAAAGUUAUAAAAAUGAUUAACAUGAAAUUAAUUUCUCAGUAAUGACAAAUACUAAGACUAACCUUGUUAGUGUCCUCCAUGUCUGUCUUGGCCAAAUCAGACUAUUGGAGUUUCAUUGCCCAUUCUACACUGCAGUGCAAAAUAUUGCUGUUGAUUUUGUUGGGUAGAAUAAUACAUGCAUUCCGUACACAUGAAAUGGAGGUAAAAAUCCAAAAUGUCAAAUGUUCAUUCACUUACUUGCAGAAAAAAAACUAAUGUGGUACACAAAGAGCUUGGAGCUAUGUAGUUAACAAGGAAGGCUUCAAAGAUCUGUAGGGACUUGCUGAUGCCAUAAGUAGAAUAUUUGUGAUGGGAACAGAGUGUGAGGUGAAGCCUGACAUCUUUGAACAUAGAAAUAGGAAUUAUAUGAAUUAUUAGUGAUGAUGUCAAGCAAGAGGUUGUUAAAUGUGCAAUUCAGCAUUUUGUUAUUUCCAGUGACACUUGAAGCUCACACAAACCGUAUAAUUAACCAUUCAACAUGCCCUGCAUCAUACAUUUUAAUGCCUGCCGAAGUUUUCAUCUCUGUAUAAUCAUUCCAUAAUAGAUGAAAGGUUGGUAUUUGUCUCUCUAUUGCAGAUAUAUAAUCUAUUUUUAGCAGAAAUGUACACUAAUGUACACUCAGAACCACUCCUUCUUAAAAAGCCACAUUAUAUAUAGCAAUGCUUCAUCCUUAAAGCAGAUGAAGAUUGCUCUCUAAAAAAUUCCCAUUCCCACUGGUAUUUCAGGUGCUUUAUGUGAUCAAAACUACCCUGUUUUUUAUUCCUCAAAUUGAAUGCGUAAUCUAUUACUGAAAAAGAAAAGUUACUGUGAGACAUUGAAGUACUAGCUGUCUGUCUGACAACUUAUUGCUCCAGAUUUAGCAUGCCCUUUGUGGUGUUUUGUGGGUAGUUCUAUUUUUACAUGGAAAUUUAAGACAUAUUGUUACUACUUGAUGGGCGACUGUUAUUACAUAAAUGUUCUCUGGUGGUCUCAGGGAAAUAAAAUGGAAAUUCAACACAAUGUUAUACAGAACAGCACAAAAGUCACUUCAUAUAUGACAAAGUAGGAAAUAGUUUUAACAUUUUUAAGCCUAUAGUUAUUUCUUCUCAUCAGUAUGCACACCUUCAGAAUCGGUCUGAAAUUCCAAAAGUAAUUCUCAGUGUUAUGUAAAAAUUAUUUCCUUCCUUAUUUUAUCAAUGAGAGGCAACUCUUGUGCCACUCAAUCUAAACUUCUUUUAGCCUGGGAUCUGUAUUGAAAGACAACUAAGUAUGUCACUAUGAUUCAUCACAUUAGUAUAACUCUUAUAUUGAACAUAUGUUAGUUUCACAAGGUCUUAUUAGUUUCCAUAUUUGGAAACUGGAACAUUGUGAAACCAGAUGUAUAUUUUAAUCUUUCUGUGUCACAGUACAUAUGAAAUAGGGAAUACUCAGAGCAUAAAGCAGGAAUCUUACUCAGUCCUGAAAAUAAUGGCAAAGGGGAAAUGAGGUAACAGCUCUCUGUGUUUAGUAUUGACACUGGAUCAAAAAUAAUGAAUAUGUAAGACAAUACUGCUUUUAGUAGAUUAAGUUUUCUAUAUUUCCUUAUAUUACAAUUAUGAAAGAAGCUACUAUUUAAUGUCAGCUAAAAGAGAGGGUGGACUGUAUCUUGUGUAACUUGAAACUAUCCCUGUAAAAGCAUUAUUGUAUUUAUUGAACCUUUGCAGACAUCCCUUUAUUUUGUUUCUGUUUAAUUAGGAGACUAUAAAACUGUGAUUGUGUUGCCAUUGAGCAUAUUUCUGUGAUUUUUACUUUGCUUUAAUUUACUGUAAUUAAAAAUAUUUGUGAAUAAUG